UGCAGCACCAUUUGGCGCUGGCCACGUGACUUUGUGUUUACAUCCUCUCAGCUGUUUCUUCGGCGUUCGAGAGACACUCAUCUGAGCUUAACUCCUUCACCUUAUAUCCUUAAUUUUUGUUUUUUGACGGACAUAUACAUAUAUGUAUAUGUAGCAUCUCCGACUGGUUAUUGUUAUUUUAGUGCUGAUUCACGUACGAUGUUUAUUCUUCGCAGCUCUUUGGCUGACAGCUAACGGAAGAAGGCCAGAAGUGUGCAACAGGAGUGUAGGAAGGAGAAGAUCAGAUGUAAUUAAAUAAUGAUCGGAAGUAUUUCAUUAACAAGAGAGAUUAAAGGAGACAGAACAACUGGAAGAACAGCAAAUGGAAAUGUUUGAGUCCAGGUAUUGGAUUAUAGAAGACAGCAUUAAGGUUUAUGAAGCAAUGAUUAUGUAAUGAACUUCUUAACCUUCAUCAGGUUUCACCUGAUAUUGGGGCCGAUCUGUGCAAACUGAUCAGAUGACUGUAUUAUAGGAUCCAGCAAAUGCAUUCCCUUUUCCAGCACUGCUGCUAAAAAUAUAUGUAAGAGGCAUGCAAAAGUUUUAUCCUAAUUAAUUCAGUCUUCUCUCAGACAUAACACCAGUGAGGUUUCUAUUAUAACAGCUACAGGAUUCAUCACUUUCUGCUUCACUCUUCUAAACAACACUGCUCCAUGUUCCCAGACUGCCAAUAGCAUUGGACAAAGGAGGAUAACAGCUGGGCAGGUGUCACUCUGUCAAAGAUAACUUUACGUAAUCAACCAUGGAGGAGCUGUGAGUGCAGGAGAAGACAAUGAUGACUUAAUUGACAAUCUAAAGGAAGCACAGUAUAUUCGCACUGAAAAGGUGGAGCAAGCCUUUCGAGCCAUUGACAGGGGAGACUACUAUUUAGAAGGAUACAGGGAUAAUGCAUAUAAGGACUUGGCAUGGAAACAUGGAAAUAUCCACUUGUCUGCACCGUGCAUUUACUCGGAAGUCAUGGAAGCACUGAAACUUCAAGGGGGCUUGUCUUUUCUUAACCUUGGAAGUGGAACUGGUUACUUGAGUACGAUGGUUGGAUUAAUUAUAGGUCCAUUUGGCGUUAACCAUGGUGUUGAACUGCAUACAGAUGUGGUAGAAUAUGCCAGGGAGAAAUUGGACGACUUCAUUAAAAAUAGUGACACAUUUGAUAAGUUUGAGUUCUGCGAGCCGAGUUUUGUAGUUGGUAAUUGCCUGGAGAUUUCAUCAGAUAGUCAUCAAUACGAUCGAAUAUACUGUGGCGCCGGAGUCCAAAAAGAUCAUGAAAAUUACAUGAAAAUACUACUUAAGGUCGGAGGCAUUCUUGUAAUGCCCAUAGAGGAUCAGUUGACCCAGAUAACAAGAACAGGACAGAGCACAUGGGAAACCAAAAAUAUCCUUGCGGUGUCAUUUGCCCCUCUUGUGCAGCCUAACCGAACUGACAGAAGCAAAACAGAUACAGUCAGAUUGCCCCCAGUAGCUGUUAGAAGCCUUCAGGACUUGUGCCGUAUUUAUAUUCGGCGUACCCUUAGAAACUUCAUUAAUGAUGAGUCUUGGGUUAAAGGUACUUCACAGAAAACCCCCCAGAAACGUAAACGCAGGAGAUGUCGACGGCAUCGAUUCAACACUUAUGUUUUUGUUGGCAAUCAGCUAAUCCAGCAGUCUAUGGAUAGUGAAGAGGAUGAACGCAUGGAUGAAGAUUUUAAAGAGGAGGAAGAAAAAGACAGCAAUGAGUGCCUGAAGCAAGAAGAGCCUCCCAGAAACCUUCUGCGUGAAAAAAUCAUGAACUUGCCUUUGCCUGAAUCACUAAAAGCAUACUUGACAUACUACAGAGAGAAGUGACGUGCAGGACAGACAGUUUCUUUAAAAGCUCGCCUACUGAAAUAUUUCACUCAUAUUUUUAAUGUAGCAAUUUAGAGUAAUUCAGAUGGUGUUCUGGUAUAUGGGGUGCUCUGUUAAGGGUUCUUAAAAGAGGUUUUCUUAGAAGCACACAUCAUCUAGGAUUUGCUAUUAACUGUCAUUUAUCUAUGGAAAGAUUUGACUAGAACCCCAAGUGAUGUUUUCUUUUUCGGAAAUGAAAUUAACUCGCUUAAUGUUCAAUGACUAGUGAACAAGGACUUCUGUUUGUGUCUCAUCAAAAACUCACACUGUUCUUAAUUAAACUGUAUCGUUGAAGCAAGUUAAAAGUUUAAGGUUUUUUGAGCAAGACUUGUUUAAGCAUUUCACUGUUUGAGAUUUUGUAUUCAAUUAAGUGUGUUUUUGGCCUUUGCAGAUUUAAGGAGCAAAUGCACUUUAUUUGCUGAAACGUAAGUAUCGCCUAACACUUUUAAUGCUGUUUCCUUCAGAGCCACAAUAGUUCAUCAAUUACAGUAUCAUUUUCAAAGUCUAAAAUGAAACUAAUGGAUGUGUAGAACUGUGGGACCUUUCAAAGAGCAUGCUUUGCUUGAUCACCCCCAGACAAGUGACAAUAAAGGUUUCGUUCUAAGGAGUAAACACUGCGGCUCGCAGGUCACAUUGCUGUCUGGUGGAACAUACUGUAGGUAUGAUUUGGAAUGUUUGCAGUAAUAUUAUUUCAUGAGGUGAGACAUGGUUUGAAAUUGCCUGGAGGUUUGCAGGGAUGCUUUUUUACAUUCCUUAAAUAUAGGUUGAAAGUCAAAUCAAGAAUAGUUGACAUAGAAGUGUAUAAUGGGAGUAGCAUGUGACAGUUUUUUUGUCCAUUGAAAUCAAAACAAAGUCAACUUUAUGACAGUGCAGUUCUCCUCUAUCAAAAACCAGCAUUUUUCUUGUGUGCAUUGAUUUCUCACACAUUUGCACCCUUUUUUUAAAAAUGUGUUCAUAUUAUGCCAAUAGAAAAGGAAUUCUCAAAAUAUCCUGAAAAGAGGAGCUGGUCAUGAGAAAUUUUAUAAUAGGAUCCUUGUGUUUUGUAACUUACGAAUUUCCUUCAGUGACAAUUAACAGUAUUCGCAACACGAUAGCUUCAACUUUCGCCACUUUAACAGGAUUAUGGGAGCAUUUGUUAUAUUGCCUUGGACUUUGAGUCCAGAGAAGCUGAAGAACACUGGAUGUACCAUUUUCCGAGAUCUUCAAUGAUGCCUUUAUUUUUCUUGCCUGUAACGUACAGCUCAGAGGCUCAUAAAAAGAUACAUACUUUUUCUAAAUGUUAAAUUUUGUUUUUCCGUAUUGCGUUGCGGCAGGGCAUACGGCACCAUAUCCUGCUUAAAAAUAAUUGAAGCCAAAAAAUCAACAUUGGAAAUGUGGGUCUACUGGAGUAAUCACCCUGAAUUGCCUCAUUUUGUACGGCAUGGGACUCAUCUUGAUCCAUAGCAUUGGCAUGUCAACUGUGUCUCUAGAAUGUUUAAUGUUAAUGACAAUUCCAAUUUGCUUUUUCCUUAUUAUUAUUUUUUUCCUUCAGUACAGAAAACCGUGAAUAUUUUCUGCACUGUUGGGUUUUUGGUCGUAAAUAUGCUAAUUGAAUAAGCAAUAGAUGUAUUUUCAUAGAAACUUGUAACUUUUUGGAUCAUUUAAAUAUAAAAAUAAGGUAUGGUGUUUCCUUUGUGCUGAAAAUGUGUUACUUUGUUUAAAAAAUGAUAGAUAACUGGUUCCUAUGUAAGAAUUCCUUUAAAAGAGCUACAAAAUUUUUCCUUCUGCAUAUAUUAUCUGAAAAAAGUUUUGCAAUAAAAUUAUAGACUCAA